GCGAGUUGGCAGUUGUCAAUGGUUGAUUGGAUCAUGAUUGUAGCUCUGUGUCUUAUUGAAAUCUAGGCUACAAUGACUCUCAUCGGUUAAUUCCUUUACAUUACACAACGUUAAAUCAUUGGAUGAAGGCGUCUUCUGUACGGGGGAGUUUUGUUAAGAAUGCUCGGUCUGAAUAUUAAGCAUCGCUUGCAGUAUGUGUUUGGAAACACACGCACCUUAUCCUUCAUAUUAGCUAGAAAUCAUUUUCAAAAAACAAAAGGUUAAAUUGAUAUACACCUUUUAUAGGGUUGGUGUUCCGGCAUCUUUCACAUUUACAGCACACAGCGUGUAUUUACGGAAGACAGUGACCACUUGUACUAAUUAUCUAUCUAACGUGCUUUGAACACCUGUGUGAAACGGAAGAAGGCCGCCAGAAACGUGUUGUCACAGAAAAAUACUAUCGGCUGCAACUGUGAUACACCCGUUUUUAAAACGGUGUACAACUUCUGAGAAGCUACCAUGGACCACGCAAGGUCGACAAUAUCCAAAAUUUUCAAUGGAGAGCCUCGCUCAUACACACGCUUCAACCUGACACAGAACAUGGAGGGUGAGAACAGCCAGGUGGAGAUGAAGCUGUCGUCCGACAUGGACGAGGAGGUGGGCGGCAAUGGCGUAGGGGAGGACCUCAACCAUGCCAAGGAACCCUAUGUGGUACACAAGCCUGCCGGGCGCACGCCCAAGAGCGUCUGCUUCAUGGUGGCCACCAUACUCCUCAUCUUCAUCAUCAGCUAUCUGAUUGGCUACCUGUCCCACCGGAAGAAAGAGUUGGCUCCUCCCAGCUGCUCCAGGUCCACCUUUGAAGAAUCCAUUACCCAGGAUUCCGUUAAGAUGGAGGCGGACCCUGUCAUGGACUGGACGGACGUGAAGCGACUGCUGGAUCAGAAGAUGAGUGCUUCCAGCUUCGAGGGUGCCUUCAGUGAGUUUGCUAGUGAAAGCCAUCAGGCAGGCUCUGCUGGAGACAAUGUGCUGGCCAAGAAGGUGCUGGCAAGGUUCAAAGAGUAUGGCAUGUACACGUGGACUGACGAGCACUAUGUCAAGCUUGUGGAUCCCCCUGCAUCUGGCUCCAACAUGGUGACCUUCAAAGGGUCUAACCUUGGGGCACUGAGGGGCUAUCUGGCCUACAGCAAAACUGGAACAGCGAAGGGCGCAGUACUUCACGGCAACUACGGCCAGAUGGAUGACCUGAGGAAACUGCAGGAUAAGAACAUUGCCUUGGACGGGAGGGUCCUUCUGGUCAAAUCUGGAAAAAUAAGCUUUGCUGAGAAGGUGGCCAACGCAGCCAAGCUGAAUGCCUCUGCUGUUCUCAUCUACCCUGCUGACAGAGGGCUCGGAGGAUCCACUCAGCUCUUUGGCCAUGUCCAUCUUGGCUCUGGCGACCCUUACACCCCCGGGUUCCCCUCCUUCAACCACACCCAGUUUCCCCCUGUCCAGUCCUCAGGCCUCCCCAGCAUCCUGGCCCAGACCAUCACAGUCAACAUGGCCACCACUAUAAUGAGGGGGAUGGGAGGGAAAAGCGCCCCUACAGGUUGGUUAGAGGUAGGACAACUGGGAGAUGAUGAUGAUAUGGUCACGGUGGAGGUCAACAACGUCCUGGCUGAGAAGAUGAUCGUCAACGUGUUUGGAGUCAUCAAAGGCUUUGUGGACCCAGAUCGUUUUGUGGUUAUGGGUGCUCAGAGGGAUGCCUGGGGUCCAGGCUUCGCCAGCUCCACAGUGGGCACCAGUGUGUUGGUGGAGUUGGCACGCGCCAUCUCAGACAUGGUGAAAAAUGAUGGCUUCAAGCCCAGGAGGAGCAUCGUUUUUGCCAGCUGGAGUGCUGGAGAGUUUGGGAGUGUUGGCGCCACCGAGUGGUUGGAGGGUUAUUUGUCUUCUCUGAACAUGAAAGCCUUCUCUUACAUCAACCUGGAUGGAGUUGUAACAGGUUUCCCAACAUUCAAAGCCUCGGCCAGCCCUUUGAUGUACACACUCAUCCAGAGAACGCUACAGGAGGUGAACACUCUCAGUGACUCCGGUACACUCUACUCUGCAGGCCCCGGGCCCAACUGGGAGACAGCAAUCAUGGAGCCUCUGAGGCUAAAUGAUCCCUCUUAUCCCUUUGUUACCUUCUCCGGCAUCCCAGCCGUCUCGUUCCGUUUCACCACAGAGGGUGAGGAAUACCCAUACCUCGGGACACUGGAUGAUACACGUGACAAGCUGUAUGGUGCCACGUCCAACCAGGUGGCCAAGCUGGCGGUGUCCGCAGGGCAGUUCGCCGGGAAAAUAGCCCUGCGGCUGGUCCACGACCACCUGCUGCGCCUGGAUGUGGAGAAAUACAUCCGCCUGAUCCGCACCCACGUGGUCGCAAUUAACUCCAAGAUCAAAACAGUGCAGAGUAUGCAGCCCCAGCUGUUGCCUAAGUCGCUGACUGUCCAGUGGCUGAUGUCUGCGACGGGCUCCUACAGCCGAGCCGCCAGUAGCCUGUCCACUGCAAUCGAUAAUAGUAACCUGGAGGAAGCAGAUGUGUGCCGUAACAUCAACGACCGUAUCAUGAGUGUGGAGAGGGACUUCCUGUCCCCAUACACGUCUCCCAGAGAGACCCCGUUCCGCCACAUCCUGGUGGGCUCCGGCUCCCACACCCUGAAGGCUCUAUCGGAUCACCUGGACGCCCUGCAGAUCGACCACUCAGACGCCAACGCUGAUCUGUUCCGGAUUCAGUUUGCUUUGGCAACCUGGACCAUCCAGGGCUGCGCCAACUCACUGGCGGGGGAAGUCUGGUCCAUAGAUAACAUGAUCUAAGCCGGCCUCAACAUGUCCUAUUAAACAAAACACCCAAUAUAGCCAUCGGUCAAAGCACCAUCAGUAAGGGUCACCCAUUCAGGAAAAUGAAAUAGAAGUGUUCUGUAUCGAUAUCAAUAAUUCAACCUCCUUUUUUUCAUAUGCAUUGCAACUCUCAUCAGUAUGAUAUGCUGUACUUUACCUUCCGCACAAGGCCCCAAAAAAUAACACUUAAAUUCAACUGCCUUAAAUUUCACUUGUUUGAGAAAUAAGUGAAAAGCCAUUAUCACUCUUGCAAGAGAAAAAAAAUUGAAAUGCAUUUCCUAACGCCGCAUUUGAAAUAUAUUGGUGCUAAAUACGAAUGACUAAUGGCCUACAAAUGUCACAGUACUUACUAGUAUGGCAAUAACGCAGUUUUGGCCCAAUAUCCAAGGUCACAAACACCUAAAUUGUGUGCGUAAACUCAAGAGGUACUUUGCGAUUACAACAAAAAGGUUAUUAUGGUUCUAUUACCUACCAUGAACGAAAUUACAAUUUUUUUACAAUCCGAAACUGCUGUUACUUUACAUUGGAUUCAAACCUGGGCUGUUUUUAUAGAGAUUAUGGUGCUGAACACUUUAGAACGAGACCUGGUCUGAGAGCUGUUGCCAAAUGGGUUUAAAUGUACAUUCAGUUCAGAAAGUAACACAGAAUAGAUCGUUAUCAAUAAAACGUCUCAAUAUUCGAUUUGCCUGGUUGGUGGGAAGGAGACCGCAGCUCAGCUAAAACCAUGGGCAACUGUGUGCCCUUUUUUUCAAACGAUUGUUAAAUAAAUGUUAACUAUUUGGUUGUAAUAAUCCCCCUCCUUGAAGAGCAUAGUCAGAACUACAAAUGUACGAUUAUUCCUUGCAAACAAUUGAGCACAUUUUAGCUCUAUCUUCAGUUUUUAUACAGCAUGAAACUGUAUGCUAUUCAGCCUCACGAAAUCCCUCAAUAUUGGCCACCAUUAAUUGGAUAUUUAAGUGCUAAAAAAAGUUAACGAAACCUGACGAAUGAGUGGUUUAGGUUAAUUUCCCCAUCUUUUGUGGGCUCUGCCUGUCAAGCAGCAUAAGGGCGCAUUUGCAGAUGUAAUGUUUACAUUGCAAGCUACCGGUAGAAAGUUUGUACAGUUGGCUAAACAUGUGUAACGGAUGUGAAAUGGCUAGCCAGUUAGCGGGUACGCGCUACUAGCGUUUCAAUCAGUUACGUCACUUGCUCUGAAACCUAGAAGUAGUGUUGCACCUUGCUCUGCAAGGGCCGCGGCCUCUGUGGCACGAUGGGUAACGAUGCUUCGUGGGCGACCGUUGUUGAUGUGUGCAGAGGGUCCCUGGUUCGCGCCCGAGGUCGGGGCGAGGGGACGUACUAAACUUAUACUGUUACACAUGUAUAGUGGAAAGUAGACCUAUUGUACUUUUUUCUUCAAACAAUGUAGGCUUACCUAACAUCCCCUUCUCAACAUAGUGUUUAAUCACGAUUGCUGCUGACACAUAAUAGGCGACAUUGAUUGAUGGACCACGGCUGGUUAACAAGCUAAUUUUCAGGGGAUAUAUUGUGCGCCUGCCAUCUAUUGUGAUGACAGUAGUCCGAUUUACAACUUUACCAGGACGAAGAUUUACCAAUGUCAAGCUCUUUCCUAAUCUCUGAUGAAGCAAGCUAAAUGAGUUUUAGCCAGUUAACGUGCCAAAUGUCUAGGCUACCUACCCUCACGUAUCUUAAAUGACAUGAUACAUUGAUGUUUACUGACAAUGAAAAGCAUACAGUGACUGCUAAAUGUGCAAUAAUCGGAAAUGUGGUGUUCUGACUAUACUCUUAAAAAGGUGAUAUUUAAAAACCUAAAUAGUUAUAAUAUUGAUUUAACAAUUCCCUUAAACGGCACAUAGUUGUCAAUGGUUUUAGUUGACGCUGCAGGCAAAUCGAACGCUCCGACAUAUUUGACACUAUUGAUAACGACCUGUUGACCCUUCACUACGCCCUGCCUGCCUUGGUUACUGUUGCCACCGGGAAGCCCAAUUCUCCAUUCAACCACUGGCGAAAUCUCCUCACAAUGAUCUCAAACUCUGUUUUCGAAUACACAAUGAAAUUAGACAGACUGACUACCCCUUGCUAAUCAGGAAGCUCUUGGGUAUGUUGUGGUUGCCCGUCAUUACAAUUGCUUCACGGGAACCUGGUAAAAUUGUUUGUACUUUAGCUAGCCACUGAAUUGCUCUGAAUUCAUUGUAGGCAUGCAGUUAAAGCUAUGACCACUUUUGGCGUUAACUAGUGCCCUCAACCCAUAUCCUGAUGUCGACAGCAGUAUACACUAAAAACCAAGCAAAGUUAUCUAGCUAAAACAAUUUAGCUAGCGCUAGCAAGCUUUGGUGGUCAGCGACAGAGCUAGCUAACCAGCUGAACUAGCAAACAAAAUUAUAUAAUUUCGGAUUCAAAAAAAUACUCCAAGGUCUAUAUUUCAAGAAUUACAGUAGCAAGUAUUCCUGGUGCAUAUUUCAAAUAUUUAUCCAUUUUAAUAAAGUUUGAAAAACAUAUUUUUUUGUUGCCUAAGAUGGAUUGGCGUGGCUUAGCGAAGGGUCAUUUGAACCACGUAAAGUGAGACCAUCUAACCUAGUUACUGAUGUUCAGUUGUCCUUAGACCUAAAGGCUAAAUAAAGCCCUUACGCCUCAAGCAACAUCUUCCUUACACCACACUUGUGAGCUCUUUCAAAAUGGCUUCCUGCUGACAUGAAUACAAUAGCGAAGACUUUUAAACCUGGGGGAGAAAGGGUCUUCACCACAUGGCACUGAAAAGGUCUAUUUCCUUGUUUAUUUAUCAGUGACAGGAUUCAUAAAUGGUGUGUUUUUUUAACUACUUUUUAAACAAGAAUAAUUAUCGGGAGCAGUGUCUUCCAUAAUUGACAGUAAUACUGUCGAAUUGACAAAGCAGCAUCUGCUAUGGAAGUGUACCUGUCAGACCGACUAACCCAUACUAGAGACCAGCCCAUACUUCAGUCCAUUCAGUCACAUACUUAACAACCGAUUGCAGGUUCUGCGAGUUAGCCGUUAAUAUAUUCCCGAAUGACAUCUCAAACCGAUGUUUAAAAUGCAUUAAAAACAGCACAACGGAAGUUUGUUGCGUAAAAAAAUAAUAGUAAUUUAACCGUUAUUUCACUAGGCAAUCAGUUAAGAACAAAUUCUUAUUCAUAAUGACGGAAUACCCCGGCCAAACAUUAACGACGCUGGGCCAAUUGUGCGCCGCCCUAUGGGACUCCAAUCACGGCCGGUUGUGAUAUAGCCUGGAAUCGAACCAGGGUCUGUAGUGAUGCCUCUAGCGCUAAGAAGCAGUGCCUUAGACCGCUGCUCCACUCAGGAGCCCAAAUUGCCUUUUUAGAUUAACACAAAACUCAAGGCGGUUUCUAGUACAGGUCUCUUGGUGAAUGUACACUUUCUCAUCCUGAAACAUUAUCGGGAGCAGUGUCUUCCAUAAUGGGAAGAAGAAGGUAGUUUUUGUCUACCAGUGUGUCCGUAUCGGAGGCAGUGACCUCCAUAUUUCACUGUAGGGUGGAUGUGAUUUAUUAUCGGGAACAGUGUUUCCCAUAAUGUUGUGUAUAUAAUUGUCUGCAUCUUUUGCGGUGCUUGCCGUUCCCUGUCAUGUUGUCGCAACCCCUAUAACCGUGGCACUCUGUAGUCAGCUAGUAUUUGAUUUCUACCUGGUGCUGUUCUUCUCUUGUUGACUCAAUUCAUAAGGAAUUGAUAGUGUGAACCUGAAACAUCCAUUGAUUGGGUAAAUGUUAAAGCUGAGACUGAACGAUGUAGUCAAAAGGGUUUAAUGUUUUCACAAGAGAUUGAGACUUGAUGUGGGCUAUCGAAUUUCCUGUAUGAUUCUGUUCCUAUGACAAUAUCGGUUACACUUAACAUAAAGCCUGCACUGCAGUAUAAUGCAUUAUUACUUAUAAGCAUGUGUGAGCCAUUAUAAUGUCUUAUUUUAAGGCUUAUAAUAUGCUUUCUCUUUAUGUAGGACAUUUUUAAAAGGACAAAAAUUGACUUAUUUAGUCCGGAUCAUUAUGAGACCAAUCAGAAGACAAGUCUUACAAUGCAUUAUAACCACAUCAUAAUGCAUUAUAACCACAAUGCAUUAUACCUGCAGGCUUUGAAUAAAGUGUUACCAAGUUACAUAUUUUUCUAUUUCUCCCUUUUUUUGGGUUGCUGUACAUUCUGUACUCUUUAGGGGUUUAGGCUAUGUGUGCCUUGUUAUUUUUGUGAAUGGUAAUAAUGUAGAGAAAUCCUGGCGAAAUGAAGUCUUCUCUGUGGUGAAUUGUUUUUGCUUUAUCCAUACUUCUUUGCAGACAUUGUAGUUCCUGAUUUUUAUUUUAUUAUUGUUUUUUUUUGUUGGAAUGUUUGAGUAUAAUUUGGAUGCGUUUUGAGUCUGUCAUUUGUUAGCUUAAAGCUAGAAUCCGCUGUUGAAACAACAAAGGGUGACUUUGUUGUCUUUUUACUCUGUGUUAGUAAAAGUGAUGGGCCUGGAGAAAUGCAACCGCUCUCAAAUUCAUAGACUCCAUGACAUCUAUCAAACUCAUUCCAUGAAAGGCCGCGUGUCUGCAGGUUUUCGCUCCUCACUUGUACUUGAUUGAUGAAUUAAGGUCGCUAAUUAGUUAAACUCCCAUCACCUGGUUGUCUAGUACUAAAUUGAAACGAAAAGACCGCAGACACUCUGCCCUCUGUGGAAUGAGUUUGACACCCCUGAUUCAUGAUAUCAAAACUAGCGUUUUAACCAUGUUUUGAGGCUAUACAGUAUUUUACAUUUGCUUUGUUUACAUUGGAGUAAAACAAGCUUAUAUUUUGGGAUCAGAUGGGGUAUGCCAGUUGAACUAAGCUCAUUAAUAAGGCAUUCAUAAUUGAUAUUCUUCAAUAUUCAAUGGGUAUAUACCAUUUUUAAUUUAUAAGUCCAAAAUGGAUGUAGCAACUGCAGAUUCCAGCGUUAAGCCCAAAGUCAUUGUUUUUGAGAGAAGUCUACCCUAUACUAUUACACUCAUAGGUUAUAAACAGGCUUGAUUAUGACUGAUGGAAAAUAACAUGAGUAACAUGAAAAAAAGAAUGUCUAGAACAACUUGCACAGCAGACAGUGAAGAAUUUCUUAAACUUUUUGUUUAGUUGUUUACGGGACACACAAUUUACUGAUAGUCAAAUAUUUUUAUUAUCAGACACUCACGUCUGCUCGAGUUGUCAUGUCACAUUGGCAGAGUCAAAAUUCCAUUAACCAAAUUUUCAGGGAUUACCACACUGUGAAAUUGCUAUUUUCCUGCAUUAGACUUGGCAUUUUUACAUUUAACCACUCUAAACUGAAAGUAUGCUACAAUCAGAUUAUUCAAUAUGUUAAUUUACAUCUAAAGUAUUGGCAAAACUGAUGCCCCACAAAGGUGUAAUUGGUGUAUUGCUUGUUGAGUUUAUGAUAGAAAUUUCCUACAAUGUAUGUUUUUGAGGAUUGGAUUACAUAGCUUCCCUUUGGUGGGCACUUAAAAGCCUGAAACAAUAGGCAGCAUAUUUUGAGAAGACCAUUUAUUGGAUGUUGGAUUUUUUUUCUUUGUUUAGGACUACGCAAAAUUGCUUGUCUCCUGUGUUUGCUGCAAUAAAUCAUUACACAGUU